GUGAGCGAUGGGAGCCUGACGGUGCUCUCCGUCAGUCGGGAGGACAGGGGGGCCUACACCUGCCGGGCGUACAGCAUUCAGGGGGAGGCUGUGCACACCACGCGCCUGCUCGUUCAAGGACCUCCUUUCAUCGUUUCCCCUCCGGAGAACAUCACGGUCAACAUCUCCCAGGAUGCGCUCUUCACCUGCCAGGCCGAGGCGUACCCCGGGAACCUCACCUACCUGUGGUACUGGGAGGAGGAGAACGUCUACUUCAAGAACGACCUGAAGCUGAGGGUGCGGAUCCUGAUCGACGGGACGCUGAUCAUUUUCCGCGUCAAGCCAGAGGAUGCUGGAAAAUACACCUGUAUCCCCAGCAACAGCCUGGGCCGCUCGCCAUCAGCCUCUGCCUACCUGACGGUGCAGUAUCCUGCCCGCGUGGUGAACAUGCCCCCCGUCAUCUACGUUCCCAUCGGGAUACACGGAUACAUCCGCUGCCCGGUCGAGGCAGAGCCCCCGGUCACUCUGGUCAAGUGGAACAAAGACGGACGUCCCCUGCGAAUCGAGAAGUAUUCUGGCUGGAACCUGCUGGAAGACGGGUCGAUCCGGAUAGAGGAGGCAACCGAAGAUGCUCUCGGCACUUACACCUGUGUGCCUUAUAACGCCCUGGGUACGAUGGGCCAGUCUCCCCCUGCCCGACUGGUACUGAAGGACCCCCCCUAUUUCACGGUGCUACCAGGCUGGGAGUACAGACAGGAGGCAGGGAGGGAGCUGUUGAUUCCUUGCGCUGCUGCCGGAGACCCCUUUCCCAUCAUCGCCUGGAGAAAGGUAGGGAAGCCCAGCAGGAGCAAGCACAACACGCUGCCCGGCGGCACCCUGCAGAUCCGCUCCCUCGGCAAGGACGACCACGGCGAGUGGGAGUGUGUCGCCACCAACGUAGUCGCAAGCAUUACUGCCAGCACCCACCUUACCGUCGUAGGCACAAGCCCUCACGCCCCGACCAGCGUGCACGUUGUGGUCGCCAUGACCUCUGCCAACGUCUCCUGGGAGCCCGGCUACGACGGUGGAUACGAGCAGACUUUCUCAGUUUGGUACGGCCCUCUGAUGAAGAGAGCCCAGUUUGGCCCCCACGACUGGCUAUCUCUCCCUGUGCCAGCUGGUUCCAGUUGGCUGCUGGUGGAUACCUUGGAACCGGAGACUGCAUACCAGUUCAGUGUCUUGGCUCAAAACAAGCUGGGUACCAGCUCCUUCAGCGAGGUGGUCACUGUGAACACUCUAGCAUUCCCUGUAACAACUCCAGAGCCUCUGGUGUUGGUUACCCCACCGAGGUGCCUAACAGCCAACCGGACACAGCAAGGCGUCCUCUUGUCGUGGCUUCCUCCUGCUAACCACAGCUUCCCCAUCGACCGGUAUAUCAUGGAGUUCCGCGUCGCGGAGAGGUGGGAGAUCUUGGAUGAUGGCAUCCUGGGGACCGAGAACGAGUUUUUUGCCAAGGACUUGUCCCAGGACACCUGGUACGAGUUCCGGGUCCUGGCGGUCAUGCAGGAUCUCAUCAGCGAACCCAGCAACGUUGCUGGCGUGUCCAGUACAG